AUGACAUUAGGCCAUUAAUAACAAUAAAAUAAAAUUACCUGGAGGGCCGGAUAAAAUUACCUGGAGGGCCGGAUCCGGCCCCCGGGUCUUAACUUUGACAAAUGUGUCAUACGUAGUUAGAGGUUCGACUUCUAAAUUGAUCAAAAAUGAUUCAAAGAUAACAUCAGAGCGCCAUUGUCUUGAUGUUUCCAUUCUGCCUUUGCCUCCAGUGAAGCAUCAUGACGACCCUGCUGGACCUAAAGAGCAGUGUGAUGAGGCAGGUGCAGAGAAGCCAGUCCCUGAGGAGCCGGCGGGAGCCGCCCCCUCCCACUGUGGGCAGCCCCCUCACACAGAGCCCCGAGCCGUUACCUCGCAGGAUUUCAGGGGAAAGCUUGGAGUUCUUCGGCCGUAUGAACGCCAUCCUGCAGAAACAGGAGAACAUGAUGCGGGCCGCCCAGGUGGAGAGUCAAAGAGGGGCCAGCACAGUGGCGCCCCCUCAGGAGCAUGUGGACCAGUCUUUUAUCCCCGAAAGAAUCAGCAGGACGGAGCUGGAUCUGCUUUAUGAGGAGGCUGUGUACACGGUGGUCAACAGGGUCGGCGUUCCUUCGCCCGAACACGUGAAGAGUGACGAGGAGCUGUUUGCUUACCUGCGGAAGGUGUUUGAUAUGGGUGAAGAAGAGCAUGAGAUCAUUCUUCAGAAAGUUCAAGAAUCGAAGCGAGCCACUUUUUCCUUGAGAGUUUCGGUCAUGAAAGCAAAAAAUCUAAUGGCCAAGGAUGCAAACGGUUACAGUGACCCCUACUGCAUGCUGGGAAUCCUGGUGGGCCAAAGCCCCCGGGAAACGGAGGAGAAGAAGGAGAGGAAGUUCAGCUUCAGGAAGAGGAGGGAAAAACUGGAGAAACGCUCCAGUACCAAGGAGGUGCUGCCUGCCCGGUGCAUCCAGGUGACCGAGGUCAAGCCGGAGACUCUCAACCCGGUGUGGGACGAGCACUUCGUGUUUGAGAUAGACGAUGUCAACAGCGACCUUUUGCAUCUGGACAUCUGGGAUCAUGAUGACGACGUGUCAGUCGCUGAGGCCUGCAAGAAACUCAAUGAAGUCAGCGGACUUCGAGGGAUGGGCAGAUAUUUUAAGCAAAUUGCAAAGUCAGUUCGCGCCAACGGGUCUGCGUCAUCCAGCUCGGAGGAGAACGUCGAUGAUUUCCUGGGAUGCAUCAACAUCCCUCUGAACGAGAUCCCUGUUGCCGGUUCAGACACCUGGUUCAAACUGGAGCCGCGAUCGAGCGCGUCUAAAGUUCAGGGGGAGUGUCAUCUGAUUCUCAAAGUUUUUACCAGCCAGAGAGACACAACUUUGUCUAAGAGGGAUACAAACGUGUCGGUUCAUAAGAAACUGCUCAGUAGGAUUGUGGAGUUUGAACAUGGCAGCGUGAAGAAAGAGCCCUACAACUGGAACGGGCAGGUUUCUCCUGCAGCCUGGACCGUGCUAAUUCACCAUGCUGUGCAAACUGAUCUCUCACCUCUCCAGCAGGCUAUUAUCCGCUGGCAGUGCUACAGCAGCCACCAUCGGAGCCAGCGGCUGUGCUACUCCCUGCUGCUGCGCCUCCUGAGGACCAUCGAUGCCGAGUGGGAUCCUCAAGCUGUGCGGGGAGACCUGGAGAGGCAGCUGUCAGACAGCUUCAGGCUGUACAUAGAGCACUGCCUGUGCCUGAUGAAGAACAUGCGUCAGGUUUUCCCGUGCACCAGCGCCGCUGCCAUCACACGCUACGAGCUCAUGUUGAGGGGGAUUGGCUACAUGCAAAGCAUGAGGGCAUUUAAGACUGUUUGUCCUCUGCGAAAUGAGCUGCAUUUGGACAUCACCACCGCUGUCAAGAAAGGAGCGUCUGAGUGGUACGAAAGCUUAAUUGCCCGCUAUAAACCAGAAGAAGGGACUUUGGAGGAGCAGCUGAAGAAGCUGGUUCAGAUCAUCGACGGCGUGUGUGCAGACGUGCAGAGAGCCCAGAACAUCUACAACAAACUCUUUUACAGUGCGGUUAAAGUCGAUUUCUUCAGCGUGUCGUACCGGCAGUUGGAGAAACAGGUAGCCGAUGAUGUCAACGUAGCAAUGGAGCGGGUGUGUGGGACUCUGGAGCAGGAGAGCUCCAGACUCACCCAAACCAUGGGAGAAACCAUCUUUGAGCUCUUUAUGUCGCUGAAAAUCCUCAAAGGCUUUCGGGAAUUUCUUCCUCUAAAAGAUGCUAAAAUGUUAGCCCUGACCGGCUACAAUAACUGGUUCAAGUCCUCGAUUCACAAGUGGCUGCAGAUUGUUCAUGACAGGUCCUGUGACAGAAUCUGCAAAGCAGUGGAGACCGACAAGCUCCAGCCUCUUCAACAAGCCCAGCACAGUUCCUCCGCCGUGGAAGUGACAGCCUGCUUCAGCCAGGUACGGGAGAUGUGGCUCCAGCUGGCCUGGCCAGACUCUGCGGGGGCGUUCAUCUUUGUCACGCGUUUGACAGACAAUUUCUGCAGCGAAGCUGUUAGCUACUCUGAGAUGAUCACACGCAAGAUUGAGAGGAACCAGCUGGGCCGAGACCACAAAGCUUUCAUUGUGCAGCUCUGCAUUGCGCUGAACAACACGGAGCACGUGCGGGUGUUCCUGAGUCACCUGCCCCGGGACCUGGACUGGCUGGGCGUGGAGCGAGCCAUGGAGGAGUCCUGCGGGGUGGAGGGCAAGGAGCAGGUGUACAAGGCUCUGAAUGGACAGCUUUUCAACAUGGACCUGGAUCUGCAGAGAGAAGCCAAACGCCUCAUCACUCUGCUGACUGACAGGAUGCUCCCUGAGCUGCGGAGAUACAUCCAGCACAUCAGCCUGUCUCCAGACUCCAUCAACAAUGAUGAUGCCGUUGCCCCUCUAAUGAAAUAUCUCCAAGACACUGUGGGCAUCCUGACUGAACACCUUGUCAAGGAAAACCUAACCAAAGUUCUACAGAGCCUGUGGGAGCUGCUGCUGCGGAUGAUCCUGGACGCCGUAGCAGAAAACAGGGGCGUCCAGGUGGAGUUCUACAACCGAUUCCAGUACACAGUGGAGACGCUGCUGCAGUUCUUUCAUGUCAAGGGAGAAGGUCUGUGCUUGGAAGACAUGAAAAGCGGAGACUACAAGGUGUUGGAUGAAGAGCUCAAGCUGAAUAAAUGUCCCUCCUUUGAGCUGAUUGAACAGUACUAUCUGGAGAAGAUUUCCCACCAGAAAACACUCAAACACACACGCUUUGGCCGGAUCAGUGUGAAGUGCUACUAUGACGCUCAAGAGCAGAGACUGACCGUGGAGAUCCUGCAUGCUGCAGACAUUAUUGCAUUGGAUGCCAAUGGUCUGAGUGACCCUUUCGUCAUAGUGGAGCUCUGUCCACACCACCUCUUUCCUGCAGCUAAGAGCCAGCGCACACAAGUGAAGCUGAAGACUCUACACCCCGUGUUCGAUGAACUUUUUCACUUCCACGUGAGUCCUGAACAGUACAGACACAGAUACGCCUGUUUGACCUUCACUGUGAUGGACUACGACUGGCUGUCCACCAACGACUUCGCCGGCGAAGCCGUCGCCCCUUUGAGUGACUUCUGCUGGCCAGGGCGGCCAAACGCUUCUGCGGCGGGCAAAAGUGUCCAGCCCGUCAUUCUGCACCUGUCUCGCAGCAAACCCAGCGAGAAGCCAAUCAUGAGGAUGCUGGAAGCUCGCACCGGCGACAGAGAGGCUCAGGAGUUUGUCCGCAGGCUGAAGGAGAUUGAGAAGUCGAUGGAGGAGGAAUAGAAGCUGUCAGUGUCGGCGGUGUCUGUGUUUUCUGAUCACGUCGUGUGCUUUUGUACUGGUAACAUGUUUACAAUAUCUACCAAUUUUUCCAAAGUAUUGUCUGUUCAGUAAUGACACCAAAAUGAAAAGAGAACAAGGAGGACAGUGAA